AUGUCCAACUCUACUCGAACCAACCCUACCCAAACCUCCAACACCUCGCAAGGGAGCACCACCCAGCGAAGCACGGUUUCAAGCCAGACAUCCGUCAGCCAGCCCGCGUAUCAAGAAAUCAGCCGCUGGAGCCCAAAUACUUCAAGCAUGGCGACCAGCACGUCCGGUAGCAACCCUUCCGAGCCUCAAUCCGGCUCCCACCGCUCCGAGGCUGCCUCCAUCGCCGAUAGUGCCGCCACGACACGCGGGUCAACUACAAGUUCCGAACUGACCGCUGAACGUAUUGAGGAGGACAGGGCGAGGGCAGCGUACAGGCUGGAGCAUGGAGGGCCUCCUGCUCCCGCCGAAGAUAGAUUGGCCGAAAAUUUCGCCUUUGCGAUGAAUUCAAAUCCGGAAGCAGCUCAACAAUUGGGCAGCUCUGGUAGUUUUGCGCAGGCUGCUAGGCUCCCCGACAAAUAG